CGAAUAAAGCCAGAUGAUCGCUUUUCGUGACUGGUUGCACAAAUAAACGAUGAAAAUUCGAACCCUACAAAACCCAAACGAUUGGGGAAUCGAAGGAAACUCGGAUCGCGGACCGAGAGUGAGUGUGUGUUCUUCUCUGCAUGAGAUUCCUUUCCCGGUAGUGUUGUUGGUUUUCCGCCGUUAGACCAAAGUGCAACCGUAUACCGCUUCUAUAGCAACUGCUGUUAUUCACGAUGGGUUUCACUUUCGAUGCGGCCGUUCGUGAGUGAGAAUCGUGCACGAGACAAGCGCGCGACACAGGACUGUGUUUAGGGCAAAAUUGAUCAAUAAAAUUCCCUGUUCGCUUCGAUACGAGCAUUGUGGCUUGUGAAAUCGUCGUGAAAGACGACACCUCUGCUGGAAAGUGAAAUUUUUAUGUUUGAGUUGUAAGUUGUGCGAAUUGUUAAGCAUUAAGCAUGAGCCAAAGACAAUAUUACGACAACAAUGUGAGUAGUCUAAUAAAUAAAUUUGAGGUACGCAAAUAUUCUAAAAAUAGCGGAAUGGCAGCGCCAGAUGUAGACAAAAAUGUGUACAUAAGAAGACGCAUCCCUUCGGCCGCGAUCGGUCCGGAGCGGCACGUUUACCUGAACGACUCAGCUGUUUACUACGAUAGUGUUGAAAGUGUGCCGGUUAAUGCCAGGAUUCGCCCUCGAUACAGCUACAACGAAUCCCUUUCUUCGCUAAAUGAAUCAGAUUACGAUGGCGGUGCAUACGACUCUACGGUCGAAGAGUAUCAGGAUGAGCCGGUUACUAUUAGUAAAGAACAGGUCGCCACCUCAUUAUCACGAUUCGGGGCCAUUCUCCAGAUGCUGUCGAAGAUUCCGUUUCCGCGAAUGUCCGUCACCGGAAUGGGCCUGUGCUCACUGGUCGCAAUCUUCAUCUGUCCGCGAACUCUCGGAUCCAAUAUUCUGUUUCCCGGUUUUAGAUUACUCUUCGGCACACUCUACCCCGCCUAUGCAUCGUACAAAGCAGUCAGGACCAAAAAUGUUAAAGAAUAUGUCAAAUGGAUGAUGUAUUGGAUAGUAUUUGCGUUCUUCACCUGCAUCGAGACGUUCACUGACAUUCUGCUGUCGUGGUUCCCGUUCUACUAUGAAAUCAAAGUCAUCAUCGUGCUCUGGUUGCUCUCACCGGCGACAAGGGGCAGCUCUACGCUCUAUCGAAAGUUUGUUCACCCGAUGCUGACGCGACGAGAACAGGAAAUCGAUGACUAUAUUAACCAAGCCAAAGAGAAGGGCUAUACGGCUGUGCUACAAUUAGGAUCCAAGGGGGUCAACUACGCCACAAACGUUAUCAUGCAGACCGCAAUCAAGGGUGGUGGCGGGUUGGUGCAAACCCUGCGCAAAAGCUAUAGCCUGAGCGACCUGUCGGAACCGGAUAUGCACCGCACCCAGGAGGAGAUUGACGAUCUGACCCGGCCCCAGAGGGUGCUCCGCUCGAAAAGUGCCCGAUCCUCUUCCGGCGGUCGCCAAGUGGAAAUGUAUUUCCCCGAGGUGGAGAUAGCCGGGUCACAACACCAUAAUCCACCACCGCCAUAUAAUUACAUUCGAUCCUCAGACGAUAUCAGUUCAGGAUAUUCGAGUGCCGAGCCCGGAUUGAGUCGAACGGCUUCGAUGAGCAAUACCGUUAGACCACGUGUGAAAUCUAAAACACGAGAGGAUGACGAUGAAGUUUUCUAUGAUGGCAGAGACACAGACCGAUACUAUGGCAAUGGUUCUCAGUUGAAUUCCCCUUCCGCCACACUAUUUGAAAUCCCUCCAAGUCCCCUUCCAGCGAUAACUCAGGCUAGUUUUCCAUCCGAUACUUACAGUCAUCCAAUUUACACAACACAUUCUACCUCAGUUCCUUCAUUUCCAAAUUUUAUUCCACCGGAAGUAGAACAGAAAUAUGAGCUUUUUCUUCAAUGGAUGGAGUCACAAAAACAGGGCAGUUCUAAUGAAAUCAGAUCAACUCCGACCGAGGAAACAAGACAUGAAGACAUAGCUCUUCUUAGAGAUUCAAUUACAAAUGAAAUGCAAAUUCAAUCAGAUGUAAGCUCGGUUACAAGUCUCGACGUGCCCAAUAAUAAUCAUAACGAGGAACUAAAUUUGAAUUCCGUACCUGAAAUAGAACAAUCGGAAAAAAGUUUCUCAGAAGAUAUGUUCCGCGACACUGUGUCAGUCUCUAGUGAGGAUGAGUUCCUAGAGGUUGUUCCUGAUGUUGAAAACGAAAAUGACGAAGCUGACGAUACUGCAGCUGAUACUAAUGUGGACUCGAAAAAUGUUCCAACUGAUUCAAUAGCGAAGAUCCACGACACGAUCCCAAUUGAUAAUAAUGAUAGUAAAAUACCUGGGGAAGGUGAAGUACCUGGUGAAGUCGUUACUAUUCCAUCGGUAGUUUGCAUUUUGCAAGAUAAUGUUCUGCCCGACAAUCAAACAGAAAAACUUAAGCCACCCACUGACGACGAAACACAUGCCGACCUUCCUACAUUCCUGAAAGAACGACUUUUUAUUUCGGAAGAUGAUAUAACUUGUAACAAAGAACCCAUUGAACAAUUUACUGAGAGCAAAUCUGAUCCUGACUCAACUGAAAAUUCAAAAUCUAUAGAAGAGUCUUCGAAUAAGUUGAGCAUUUCUUUCUCAAAUCUAACAUCAUCCACAUCAUCCUUAGCUCUGUCCGACGGCAGCAGUCACAUGGAUGAACUUGCUCAUAAGAAGCCGCUUUCCCAUGGAAAGCGAAAAGCUCCUCCGGUUCCAAAUCCCGUUAAACCGAUCAUCGAAACAGUUUCUAUUAUUCCUAACCUACCCGAAAGAGUUCAUAAACCACACGUGGACCCGAUUCAUCCCACCACUCCAUCAGAAAUCGUUCACCCUCUUAGAUCAGCAACAGCUCUUGAUAAAGACAAAGACAAAAAACCCAAGUCAAAGAAGCUGAUGAGUUCGUUUACGGGAAUUUUCAAACACGACAGCCCGUCUUCUUCGGGGACGUCCAAUCCGAACACGUCAUCCCCUACCAAAGAUUCGCUUCUGCCCAAAGAAACUGAAAUCUAGUGCUCCCAUACCACCCGACCCCAGUCUCUUCCUAGCGUACUCGGGAACUAUUGCUUGAUGUUCUUUCUCGACUAGACGAUCUACACAGCCAUCUGUUUCUAUGGAAUUAAAGUUUACCAUUUUCUCCAGCUGAUAAAAUGUCUGCAAGCUGCACAACAUUACCUCGUUCGAAGAAACCGGAAAAGGUCAUCAAGACGCGCUCGAAGACGGAGAAGUAAUUCCCGCGCGAAGGGUAUCAAUGGAGAUACCACUUCAUUCAUGUUAUGUUCCAUGCUUUAGUUCUUAUAAGUUUCAACUAUUCUACAAUUCACACAUCUCGAAAGGUGCUUUAUGUAAUGGUAAUACAAAGGUUGAUGAUAAAAGUCGUAUGAAAAGCACUAUACAAACAAGAGCUUAAUCGCGUCACAAUAGUUAUUGCUUUCGAAACGAAUAAAUACCAAGGAUAUUAAUCAAAGACAAUUGAUUACAAAUUGUUUACGCAGACAGCGAAAAUGCGAUUAAGAUACUUUUUAACACAAUAUCAGAAUAUCUUCAGAUGAAUUCAAGAAGAAAGCAUUUAUUAUUAAAAAAGAGCAUUAACUAGCAUUAAUGUUUAAGGAAUGCCAAAAUCUAAAUAAAUAGAGUGAAACAUUGAUCCUUAGGAAAUGGAACUGAUUAGCGGAAGAUUUUUUUUUAUCUAGAAAUAGUUAUCUACGUAAAACCUUAAAUUAUUAUUUUUGCGAUUUCCUGUGGGUGUGAUUUGGUUGACCGACAAAUUAUUUAUUACUUACAUAUGAACAUUUCGCUGCUUUGCCCACUUAAAACGAUUUCGCUUGAUCUCUUUUCUCAAUGUAAAUACCUUCUUGAGAAUUAUUACUUUACAAUAGUGAAAAUUAUCAAUUUCUUGUUUUCCUAGCUAGCACAUUGAAGAAAAAUGCUUACUAAUAUACGAUGAAGUGUUGUUAAGUAUUUUCAGACAACAAUUUAGAUUCAAUUUUGAUUUUCAAAACACAUAUCUUCUAUGGAAAGCACCAACAUUGCAUACUUCACAACGUGUGGGGUAUUGUGUGCGAUGGUUUAAAAUCAUAAUAUAAAAGCUAAGAUUUCAACCCCGAAGGCAUGAGCCUGCGAUACAUCUGUUAAUUAUUUCCUUUCAGCAGGAAAUCGUAAACACAAAGCCUCAUGAUACAGCGUGAAUCAAUUCUCUAAUUUGAGUUUGACGAGUUGGUUCAAACAUAUGAUACACCAACCGAUGGUAAGCAGUUAAAGUAGGACACUGAAAAUGACACAAUAUAUGCUCAAAUGUAUUACACGUGGUGGAGAACAUUUGUAGGAUACGUGCUAUAUAACUCCAAUAUCGAAGUGUGUAGAGACAGGUUCCAGUAUUUAGUUAGUUCUGCAAGAUUUCAUGACUUAAAGCUGGUGAGAUAAAAAUAAAGUUUCAAUGUUGAACCCAAUA